GUAUCGUCGAAGCACGCACCAUCCAUCAGAUACACUCACUCUGACAACAUCUUAGUGUGGGGUUAAGCCAACAAACAACGGAUCAUCGUUUGAUCUCAUAGUCUUAAAAAGAACCUGCACCGUUCACUUUUAUCCUUUCCUCCAACACAUAACAUCGUCACUCAUCCGCCGCAUAUCCUGCAAUCAUGUCGGACGCUACCGAAACCAAGCCAACUCCUUCCGCGGACCAAACUGCCUCGUCCGAACCCAGACUUGCUCAACAUGAGACCAAACUAGUCCAGAAUCCCCUGGGUGACCCUUCUACUGAGGCCCCCGCCACUGACUCUAAGUCCACUACAUACACUGAGGCCGCAACCAAUGCCGCCACCAACGCAGCCAACACCGCUUCCGCUGCGGCUUCGGGUGUCACUGCCUCUGUCUUCUCGAUGUUCGGUGGUGGCGCUAAGAAGGAACGAAAGGCCGACGAAGACGAGGGUACUAAGGAGGAACCAAGUGGUAGCUCAAAAGCUAAGGGAGACGAAGAAGAUGACAAAGCUGAAGAAGAAGAAGCCGAGGUCGAGUUCGAACCAGUCGUUCGCUUGACGGAGAAAGUCGACACCAAGACCAACGAAGAGUCGGAGGAACAGGUAUUCAAGAUGCGAGCUAAGCUCUUCAAGUUCGAUCGAGACUCGAGGGAAUGGAAGGAGAGGGGCACCGGUGAUGUACGAUUACUCAAACACAAGGAGAACGGCAAGACAAGAUUGGUUAUGAGACGUGACAAGACCCUCAAAGUCUGCGCAAACCACUACGUCACCCCUGACAUGAAGCUCUCUCCCAAUGUUGGCAGCGAUCGCAGCUGGGUCUGGAACGUUGCCGCUGAUGUCAGCGAGGGCGAGCCUGAAGCUUCGACAUUGGCUAUUCGUUUCGGUAACAGCGACAAUGCCAACCUCUUCAAGGAGGCAUUCAUCAAGGCUCAACAAGAGAACGAGGCCUUGUUCCAGUCAUAGAUGUUUUGUGUCAUAGCGAGCAUGGAGUCUGUGUUGACUGAUGAUUGAUAUCCUGCUGCGUGGGAUCUUGGACGAUCCAGCGAUGUGAUCAUAUGAAACGGACGGCGAUGAGAGACAGCGUUGAGAUUCCUGUUGACCCCUGCCCACCUUUCCAUACCUCAGGCUAGAUAGAAAACGGCUGGAGGACCCUCAGAAGAAUCAGAAGACUUGAGAAGUCCCAAACAAUUCACCUUUAUCACUGAUCCUGCGUGAAUGCCAGAGACCAGCAGAAGAUACAGAUCGAUACCUGGUGCCCCAAAAGGCCAACUGCGCUUCGG